GAGAGAGACGGAGAGCUGGAGACCCCCCUCCCCACCUAACAACCCCAACCCUGCAGGCUCUGUCACAACGACCCCACCCCCCCCAACCCUCUGUGAGCGAGGGCACGGAGCGACAGGCUCGUAUUCACGGAGAGAAGACCGCACCGGGAUCCCGGCUCUGUUUCGCCCUCAAUCCGGGCCCUAAUGCUGUAGUGGCCAGCGCGGGAGGCGAACGCGAAGUGAGACGCAACGCAGCGACCGAGAGUCGGCGAGGGACAGGGCGGACUGGGGAGACGACGGGAUUGCUCAUUCGCCUGGAAACAUGGGAUGUACACUGAGCGCCGAGGAGCGCGCAGCUCUGGACCGGAGCAAGGCCAUCGAGAAGAACCUGAAGGAGGACGGGAUGGUGGCGGCCAAGGACGUCAAGCUGCUGCUGCUCGGCGGCGGAGAGUCUGGGAAAAGCACCAUCGUCAAACAGAUGAAGAUUAUCCAUGAAGAUGGCUUUUCUGGGGAUGAUGUGAAGCAGUAUAAGCCUGUGGUCUACAGCAACACCAUCCAGAGCUUGGCAGCCAUCCUUCGAGCCAUGGAUUCCCUGGGCAUCGAGUUUGGAGACAAGGACCGAAAAGCUGACGCAAAGCUGGUCUGCGAUGUCGUCAGUCGCAUGGAGGACACGGAGCCGUACUCUGCCGAGCUUCUUGCCGCUAUGAAGCGUCUAUGGUCCGAUCCCGGGACUCAGGAGUGCUUCAACCGUGCUCGGGAAUACCAGCUGAAUGACUCGGCUCAAUACUACUUGGACAGUCUAGACCGUAUCGGGGCGGCAGACUACCAGCCCACAGAGCAGGACAUUCUGAGGACCCGAGUGAAGACCACUGGCAUCGUUGAAACCCAUUUCACCUUCAAAAAUCUCCAUUUCAGGCUGUUUGACGUCGGUGGUCAGAGGUCAGAGAGGAAGAAGUGGAUCCACUGUUUUGAGGAUGUGACAGCAAUUAUUUUCUGCGUUGCUCUGAGCGGAUACGACCAGGUGCUCCAUGAAGAUGAAACAACUAACCGCAUGCACGAAUCCCUCAUGCUCUUCGACUCCAUCUGCAACAACAAGUUCUUCAUCGACACCUCCAUCAUCCUCUUCCUCAACAAGAAAGAUCUGUUUGCUGAAAAGAUCAAGAAGUCUCCGCUGACGAUCUGCUUUCCAGAAUACACAGGUGCUAAUACUUAUGAAGACGCGACGGCUUACAUUCAGGUUCAGUUCGAGAGCAAGAACCGCUCUCCCAACAAGGAGAUCUACUGUCACCUGACCUGUGCCACAGACACAGGGAACAUCCAGGUAGUGUUUGAUGCCGUCACCGACAUCAUUAUUGCAAACAACCUUAGAGGCUGCGGCUUAUACUGAGGCCUCCCCCCCCCCGCAACCCCACCGAGCCAGAAGCACAGAGGUCAUCAUGGAGUACGUGAGGUGUUAAUAAUGAUAAUUUUGAUUAUUCUUAAAUACUUAAAUAUGUAAUUCUACACGUCCAAAACGGGACCCAAAGAGCUGCCGUCAAACACCACACUGGAUCAUUGCCAUGAUUUGUAUCCCUGUCCUCUUAUUUUAAAUCUAACCCCCUGGCAUACCCUCCCCCCCCACAAUUUUUUUUUUUUUUGUCUCUUCUAAAACUGUGUUUCUAAGUUGAAUGUUUUGUAAGGCUGGAAGCACCACAGGUUUAUUCAGCUAAGCCUUGCCCAGAAACGCAGAGGAGGACGCUGUCCCAUAAGCUCUGAAUACAGCCUCUGGUGCUCGACGCGACGAGCUGCUGAGUGUGAAGGUGGAGAUGAUGGUGACUGGUCUCUUGUGGCUAAAAGGGGCGUGGACAGAAGCAAAAGCAGGAGGCUGUGUUAACUUUCCUUCAAACUCACACGUGACCGAUUAAAGCCUGCAGGUCUGUUCCACUCUGUUUUUGUUCAAACAUCACGAUAGAGAGGAUUCCUGUGUUCAGAGUAGCUGCUGGUUGCCACCGAUCAGCCAGUCAUAGCUUAAAAAAACAAAAAAAACAAAAAAAAAAAAAAACAAGGAAGAGAAAACAUUGGUGCCAACCAUCUGAGAAUAACAGAUAGGGGAGUAGAAUCAGAAAUUAUAGCUCAUACUGUGGAUAAAUAUUAUUUAAAUAGCAGAUUUUAUUAUAAUGAAUGAUUUAUUUAUGUCUCCUUCUCUUACCUACCCAAUAGUCCCGUAACGCAUACGGUGCUGUGGAAAUCUGCCCCCCUUACAGAUUGUAGAAAAUACGAGCAUGGAGGACUUGCUCAAGAUCAUGCCAUAGCAUAUUUAUUGAAUUUAAGCCUGGACUUUGACUAGGCCACUCCAAAACCUCCGUCUAGUUUCCGUUUCCUGCGCCGUGCAGAUGAGUUGCUGGUGUGCUUCAGAUCGACGCCCCUGCUGCCUAAGCAGAGCGUGUUUGACCUGAAGGCCAUGAGCCGAUGACCGGCUAUGACUUUUCUCAUGGAGAACAGAAACCAAUGUGUCCAUCCAGCGGUCCAGGUUCUAAAGCAGCAAAGCCGCCCCAAAUCGUCACAUUACCACCACCACGAUUGACUGUUGAUAAAUUCUUGCUCUGAAACACUGUUCGUCUCGUGUCGGAUGACAGAGCAUCCAAAAAGUUCACAGAACAUGUUCCUUCAAGUCCUGGGGAUCGUUUAGAUAAUUCUGGUGGAGAUGCGAGAAAGGCCUUUAUGAUCUUUUUGGUCAGCGGUGGGUUUUGCGUUGGGAGUCUUCAAAGGAUCCAAUUUUUGCCCAGUUUUUUUUUUUCUUAAUGUUGAAUCACGAGCUUUCAUUGAGGGAAAUGAAGGCCGCAGCACUUUAGAUGUUGUUCUUGGUUCUUUGUUGACCUUUUGCAUGAUGCAUCAGUGCCCUCUUCACAGUAAUUUGGGCAGAUCGGCCUCUCCCGGGAAGGGAAACCACUGUUCUACGUCUUCAUCUGUGGACAAUGGUUCCUACUGUGUUUUACUGGAGAUAAAAAGCCCUAGUGGUGGCUCUGUAACUCUCUCCAGACUGAUAAGCAUGGCUUUUUUUUUUUUUUUAAUAUUGCCUAGUUCAUGUUGUCAGACAAGAUUAAAAAAAAAAAAAAAAGAAGCAAAAACAGAAGGAAAUCUGUAAGGAGAACAUUUCUUCACAGCACUGUAUCCAUUUCAGAGGUGCAGAGGGUGCAAAGCGGCUCUGCGACGUUAACAUUUUCCGGCUGCUACACGGCCCUUGGAUGUGAAAUUUGUUUAGAGAAAGACAGCCUCACCUGAGGUGGUCUCUGUUGGGGAGUUUUUCCCCCCUUAUUUGACCCCCCCUCCCUCUCCACCACCCAUUAUGUUUCUCUGGUUGCAGGGAAACCAAAAGUAAAGCCCCUCAUUUUCACCCAGGAAUUCACCCUCCAACCCCCUGUACUCUCUUUAAUCCAUCACAUAUCAGUCAGUCCUCACAUCCUAUCUCCAUUUUCACCCUAAAAGCACCGUACUGUAUAUAUAUAUUAUGAUUAUACCAGAUUUUUUUUUUACUGUGAAUGUUUUUGUGCUGCAUCCCCAUCCUAUUCAGUAGUUUAUUGGUUGCUCUCAUGUGGAAUGUUUGUGCUGAGCCAAUCGAAUGUUGUGUUUACAUUAAAGCCACACUUUUCCUAACUA